GAGGGAACAACAACGAAAUACGAAAGGAUUAGUGUUGUAAGUGAAUCAAACAAAAGAACAGGCUUACAUAGAAACGUGGAUAAAGAAAUCGAGAACGCCUACCAAAUCUCACCAGCAAUUUUGUCAAACAAAUACCAGUUGAUCUUUCACGGAACCUUCUCUACAUAGACUUUAAUUCCUCAGUUAUCAAAGAAGGAAACAGCAUAGAGCCAUAGACACAAUACCCACCCGAUCGACCUCUUGGGAUCUAUAAAUAUUAUGCAUUUGUGAGGGGAUGCUCCCUCAUCUCUCAAUCUUACUUCUAUACUUCGUUCUUUAAUUUAAUCACUCACCAACUUCUGCAAGACGUCUGCUACAAGACACAGCCUCUGCAUCACAUCUUCAGCUUUCUCUCUACAUUUCUUGGCCAAUUAGUUUCAAGCUCAACUUUAGCGAAGAAAAUAUGGUGUUCAAGUUGAAUAAUCAGCUGCUGUCAAAGAUAGCAACCGGAAAAGGUCACGGUGAAGACUCGCCGUAUUUUGAUGGAUGGAAGGCAUACGACAGCGAUCCAUAUCAUCCCACCAAGAAUCCAUCUGGAGUUAUCCAGAUGGGUCUUGCAGAGAAUCAGCUUUGCUUCGAUUUGAUUCAAGAAUGGAUCAAGAACAAUCCUAAAGCCUCCAUUUGCACUCCAGAAGGAGCAGAUGAGUUCAGGGAUAUUGCUAUCUUUCAAGAUUACCAUGGCCUGGAAGAAUUCAGAAUUGCUCUUGCAAAGUUCAUGGCAAAAGGCAGAGGAGAUAGAGUAACAUUUGACCCUGACCGCAUUGUUAUGAGCGGAGGAGCCACCGGAGCUCAUGAGAUGAUCGCCUUCUGCUUGGCAGAUCCCGGCGAUGCAUUUCUGGUGCCUACUCCUUAUUAUCCAGGAUUCGAUCGAGACUUGAGAUGGAGAACAGGAGUUCAACUUAUCCCAGUUGACUGUGAAAGCUCUAACCAGUUCAAGGUUACAAGAGAAGCCUUGGAAUACGCCUAUGAGAUGGCACAAUUAGACAACAUCAGAGUGAAAGGCUUGCUCAUUACCAAUCCGUCAAAUCCUUUAGGAACAAUCUUAGAUAGAGAAACACUGAAAAGCAUUGUCAACUUCGUCAAUGAGAAGAACAUCCAUUUAGUCUGCGAUGAGAUCUACGCAGCCACAGUCUUUAGCCAGCCUGAAUUUGUAAGCAUCUCAGAGAUAAUAGAGGAGGUGGAGUGCAACCUUGAUCUCAUCCACAUUGUUUAUAGCCUCUCUAAAGACAUGGGAUUCCCUGGAUUUAGAGUAGGAAUUGUUUACUCUUACAAUGAUGCAGUUGUGAACUGUGCUCGCAAGAUGUCGAGCUUCGGAUUAGUAUCGUCGCAGACUCAACACAUGAUUGCUUCAAUGUUAUCAGAUGAUGAAUUUGUGGAAAAUUUCAUCAUGCAAAGCAAGAACAGAUUAGCUUCAAGGUAUAGUAACUUCACUAAGGGGCUUGCUCAAGUGGGGAUCAAGUGUUUGAAGACGAGCAAUGCAGGCCUUUUUGUAUGGAUGGAUUUACGUAGGCUUCUCAAAGAGCAGACGGUUGAAGGAGAAACAGCACUUUGGAGAGUGAUAAUUAAGGAUGUUAAACUCAAUGUUUCGCCAGGUUCUUCUUUCCAUUGCACCGAGCCAGGAUGGUUUAGAGUUUGCUUUGCAAAUAUGGAUGAUCAGACCAUGGAAGUUGCUCUGUCAAGAAUUAGAACAUUUGUGCUCAAGAACAAGGAAGCCAUGAAGCCAGUGAAGAAAUUAUGCUGGCAAGGCAGCCUCAAACUCAGCUUCUCCUCUCGAAUAUACGAUGAUUUUGUCAUGUCUCCCCACUCUCCUAUUCCUCAAUCUCCUCUUGUUCGAGCCAGAACUUGAACUGGAUUUGUGGAUCUUGACGAGGUAUCUGGAGUGAAAAAUGCAAUAGAUGGAAGAGGAAUCUAUUUCAUUAGAGUCCGACCAAAGUAGGCAGCCACACCAAUAUAAAAUAACAUUUAACCUUUUCUAUGCAGGCAUGAACUUUUCUACUUCUCAGGGCAGUCCAGUCGUAUAAUUAUUCCUGACCACUGUAUGUUUAUUCUUUUAUUGUUUAUAGGUAGUGGGAGAAUGAUGCAUGUAAGCUUUGAUGUAGUAGUGAUAGCCAGUCUCUGUCUUAACCCGUUUGGCAAACA